GGAUGUGUAGUUUUUAAUUCAGUCGGGAUUGUAACCGGUCUUCAUAUUUGGCCAGGUCUUCAAAGAGAGGGUGUGCCAAACAUUUUCGGUACCCCCGUCCUGGAAGAAUUUGCCCAGCGUAGUAGUAGUACAACAAACGCUUUGUCUGCAAACCGAACUGAUCAACAGGUUUGACACAAGUCUACUGUUGAUACAUCGUCCGGUCGUUAAACGGAAGGGAAAAUGUGAAUAAAAGGGUGAACAGUGCUUUACUGCUUAUAGAGUACUACAAAGUUGUUGUUUUUUUUAUUUAAAUUGAUAACAAUGUAAUAAGAAGGGUUUUAAACACCGGACUUAGACCACCCAUUCAAUAGGGGAAGUCCCAGAAACAACGGAAAUCCCCAUCGACAAAUUUAGGUCUACCGCACUUGCUUACGUGUCCCAACGUAGGAAGCACGAAUUUUCCAGUAACCGAAGUAAAUUUCAGCUGCAAUUCUUCCUUCUUGUAAAGUUUACAGACUGAUCCUUCUGAAUUAAACUCAACUACAGCAGAGCAAAAGGAAGUGUAUCUUGUAGCAGAUUGUACAUGCAUAUUGCUGGUCCUUCAGAUUGCCGCAGUGAUCUUCUGAAGAGCCGCUUUCACUUCUUUGCAAGAUUUUGGGAAGACUGAAAUCAGAAGGACAAUCGAUUUUUCUUCACGGGAAGCCUUUUUGUUUUAAAAAUAACUAUAGUUUUACAAUUUCUCUAUUUGAAAAUAAUUUCUAUCAUGGAUACUUAAACACCAUACUAAGGGAUGUCCAAUUCUGGGAGAGAGUUUUGAAUCCAUAAACCCAGGGAAAGAUGUUAUAUCUGUUUGUUCACUAGUUGUUUUCAUUUGUACUUAAAUACAUUGCUAUGGUUGCAGCAUAUUUUGAAAUAGUACUUAGUUUUGACAUUGCAUGUCAAAGUAUGGUAAUGAAAUCAGAAAAUAGGUUAUUAAGUAUGAGAUGCAGAAAUAGGAGUAAGAUUAAUAAAGCACAGAACAAACCAGGUUGACUAAGGAGGUCAAUCCUUUCAUUUGCUUAUUUUAUGUUUGCAUGUUAGGCAACAUGCUGUAUUUGUGGUGAAUUACUAGGUCUGCCACUUCUAAGAGGAAUCAAAACCCGUGUUUCUGAAUUGUUUUUGUUUUUCAGUAGUCAUCUUGUGUGCUGUUUACUUGAUGGGUAAGGUGUAAUGUUCUGCUUUGUCCACAUUCCUGUAAGUCACAUCAUAAAUCACAGAAAAAAAGGCCCAUCUUUUGUUUCCUUAAGUUCAUAUUAUUCUUUGAAGGUAAAAGCAAAAUACCUUCAGAGAACUCUUGCUUUACAGAGCUUUUAUUGUUGAAUUAGAUUAUCCUUAAACGACAAUUUUAGUUUUCUGUGGAAUUCUUAGUCAGCUUGAGUAUUUGUUCUGUGUAGUGCUUUUGGAGAUGUCUUUUGACGUUCAUUCUUCUGUAUUCUUUACUAGUCCCUGGGUUUUAUCUUGAUUCACAACUCUCUCCCUGGAAAAGGGCAUCCCUUUUCAGCUCUCUUCAGAAUGGAAAUCUUAAAAAACAACACUUUCUUCAAGGGCUUGUGGCAAAGCAGUUCUCCAGCAGACAUACACUAUGACAACUCCUCUGAACUCUUUCGGAUUUCUACCUAUGCCAAAUUCCCCCCCAACGCAGCUGUCCCGGAGAGGAGCCUGGCUCGCGCCGGCUUUUAUUACACCGGUGUCGGGGACAGGGUGCAGUGCUUUCGCUGCAAUGUGACGGCAGAGAACUGGCAGCUGGGUGAAUGCCCCACCGAGAGGCACAGACGAAUGUCUCCCACGUGCACCUUCAUCCAGAGCGUACCAUCCAGCGCCAGCCUCCUGUCUUCUUCGCACUCGGCCUUCUCCCCUCUUCAGACCCUGCAGACCUCCGCCUCCCCACCCCUGCUGCAGACGGAGGAGCAGGUGGGCUAUUUUAGCCACAGCUUCAGCGGCCUGUCCUCCUCCAGCCCUCUGACCACCCGCAGCGUGGAAGACCUGUCUCACCAGCGGCUGCCCCUGUGCCAUAAGCCUAGCAUGCGCCACGAGCAGGACCGGCUGGAGACCUUCCAGAGCUGGCACCUGACCAACAUCACCCCCUCGGAGCUGGCCAAGGCUGGAUUUUACUACCUGGGCCCGGCCGACCGGGUGGCCUGCUUUACCUGUGGGGGUCAGCUGAGCAACUGGGAGCCCGGGGACAGGGCCCUGUCAGAACACCAGAGGCACUAUCCCCAUUGCCGUUUUGUGAGAGGCGACAGGACAGAAAACGUGCCCAUCCCUUCCAAUGCACCCCUCAAUGUGUCCAACCCUCUAAUGCAGCUGUGUGAGGAGAGGCUUCUUACCUUUGUUAACUGGCCUUCCAGGAUUCCUGUGCGACCUGAUCAGCUGGCAAAAGCUGGUUUUUAUUACGUGGGUCGAAAUGAUGAUGUCAAGUGCUUCUGUUGUGAUGGUGGCCUGAGAUGUUGGGAAUCGGGUGAUGACCCAUGGGUAGAACAUGCUAAGUGGUUUCCAAGGUGUGAGUACCUCUUGCAAGAAAAAGGCCAAGAUUUUGUCCACCAGAUUCAAGUUAGGUUUCCUCGUCUAUAUGAGCAGCUGAUCACAAAUACUGGGGGCAAUGCUCGGGAGUUUGAAACACCAGUGGUCCAUCUUGGUUUUGGAGAGGAGCGUUCUGAAGAUGCUGUAAUGAUGAACACACCUGUGGUGAAGUCAGCCCUGGAGAUGGGCUUUGAGCGCACACUUGUGAAACAAACAGUGCAAAGCAAAAUCCUCACCAGCGGAGAAAACUACAAAACAGUGCAGGAGCUUGUGUCCGAUCUACUAAAUGCUGAGGAUGAGAAAAGAGAAGAGGAGAAAGAGAGACUUGCCGAAGAAUUGGCUUCAGAUGGCUUUACUUUUCUGAAGAAACAUCGUGCUGCUCUGACGCAGCGCUUGAAGAGUGUUCAGAGUUUGAUGGAUCACUUACUGGAGCAGUCUGUAAUACACAAAAUAGAGUAUGACACAAUCCAUAGCUGCACCUCUGUCAAACAGCAGACAAGCCAGCUUAUUGACCUUGUGCUCUCAAAGGGGAAUGCAGCAGCAGCAGAAGUGUUCCGAAACUGGAUCCAAAAGAAUGAUGUUUACUUAUUAAGAGAAUUAAUGGCACAGUCAAAUGAACCUUCUUCACCGAGUCCAGAACUUACAGAAUUGCCCAUGGAGGAACAGCUGAGGAGACUUCAAGAGGAGCGCACGUGCAAAGUGUGCAUGGACAAGGAAGUCAAUAUUGUGUUCAUACCCUGCGGACACUUGGUUGUGUGCAAAGAAUGUGCCCCUUCACUUCGCAAAUGCCCCAUUUGCAGAGGACUUGUAAAAGGAACAGUUCGUACUUUCCUGUCUUAAUUUACCAGUCCUAAUAUUUCACAUCCAUACAUGAUUAAACUCACAAAUUGCUAAAUUAGGUAUUUAUGUGCUGUCCUGUAGUAGGGCUGCUGAAUUAGCUCAUUUAAGAUGUGUAGCUACAGUAUUUGUGCAGUAUAGAUACAAAAUUGCAACAAUUCUCAUAAACUGGUAAUUUCACUAUCUACAUGAAAGCAUAAAUGAGUUUAUAAUACAGAGACAUGGGGUGAUUUAGCAAACAAUAGUACAGCAGUAGAAGCUAUGCUUAUUGUAUGUUGGAGACUCUAUUUUGGACCUGUUAUUCUUCCUCCUGCAUAUCGUGUACAUGAGACGGGAGCAUUUCAUCUGCUCUGAGCAUUUCCAUCUAAUGUUUUAGAUAAGACUUUAUUGAUCCUGAAGGGAAAUUGAUUGUGUUACAGUAGCCCAAGACAAGCCCAAAAAAAACAGACAUCAGGAUAGACAUAAAAUUAGAAUACGUACGGUAGUACAAAAUAAAUAUUAAAUAAAAAUAAA